AUGGUGCUUCUAGGGGUGCUGUCGGGUGGGAGUUCCAGCGAUCAGGGCACUGGCCAGGUCCGAGAUUGGAACACGAAGGUUCAGAUCAGCAUCUCCAAAGACCGCGGUUCAAACGCAGAUGGGACUGCUUGGCAACGCAGCUUAAUGUCGGCGAAGCGGUCUGAGUUCGGGAACUUUCUCUACAAACUGUUCGCAACAAAUCUGUCGGCUCUCUUGCGACACCGAACACAACAUGUUCGAACUUUCGGCUGUCCUACUCUUGCAGGCAAGCGCGACGUGGCGAGAAAAGUCUUGAGUAAGACGUGGCGUGGGUGUCUACAACUACAUCCGCGAGUGGACUGCUCCAACAUCCUGCUAAGACAGCGGGACUUGGCACAAGCAUCUGGCUUCUUCCGCGAGUGUCCUGGUUUCGAAGAUGACGACGCCAGCAGCCCUGCCACAUCAGUUUCUGACGUUUGCUUGCUGAUACCCACCUCUGCCCGGCUUAGCCGUGGAGCACGAGCACUACUACCCGAUGUGCUUCUCUGGCUCGUGGGAACUUCUCGUUUGCCGUUGGGGGUGGCCAUGGUGUUCGUCGAUCAAGACUUGCGACCGGUCGCGCUACGAUCGCUUUCACGUGCUGGCGAGCGUCGCUCCCGGUAUGAUGCGGUUGUUGCCGUUCGCCUGUUGGCCCUGAGCCGCUAUUUACUAUGUGAAAAGCUGCAUGCUGCCGUGGAGAGAUGGCUUUGGCGAACUUGCCUGGCCGGACGGCAGGCCUUUGCAUCCCAGUUGCUCGAUGGGGAGGUGAAGGAGGGCUUUGGCUUUCGUGACGCCUCUGCGAGCUUCAAAACCUUGGGAGCUCGCCGAGGUCUUGCCCGUGGCUUAGCAGAGCUUUCGAAAGCAAAGCUGCAGAAGAUCGCGGAGGCCCGUCAAAAACUCCCCAAGACCUUUCUUUCUGUCUUAUGGAGCCCUAAACCCUAA